ACUUGAAUUGAUAUUCAAUUUUGUAUAUUCAUGAGUAUAAUUAAAGCUUUAGUUUUAAUUGUAAUUAAUCAGAGGGUAAACACAUAAAAAUUGCCAAAAUGACUUCAAACUUGAAAAGUAUUCUUCUGCUUUCGUUUUGUAUUUUUUUCAUAGCGCUCCCUAUCCAAACUGGAAGCAUAAUUCAGAUCAUCAUUGUUAACUCAGUUAAUGACGACUACAGAGAGACAUGGAAUGGUUACGAAUGGAGCGGUUAUACUGGAUCAGCAAUAUCAUCAGUAGUAGCAGCUGUACUGGCAUGGUUUGCCCCGUCUUUGAUUAUGCUUGUUGGUGCUGGAAAAGCUCUAACAAUUGGUGGCAUCGCAUUUUGCUUAUCCUUCUCAACCUUUCUUUAUCCACUCAAAUAUGGCUACAUUUGUGCAUCUCUUUUGCUGGGUUUUGCCAACGCUGUUACUUGGACUGCUCAGGGUAAUUAUCUAGCCAUGGUGAGUGAUGAAAAAUCAAUCACUCGUAAUACUGGAAUUUUGUGGACCAUUUCCAUGUCAAGUGCUGUUUUUGGAAACUUGCUCAUUGUUUAUACUUUUGAGGGCAAAGAAAAGAUCAACUCAUCUACUCGAAUAUUAACUUACUCAAUUCUAGUCAUUCUUGGGUUUUUUGGCGUUAUCUUGUCUCUUUUCCUCAAGAAAUUUGAAUCAAGCAAAUCAGAAGACGAUAAAAUUGUUGAAUCUCCAUUGAAAGGGUUUAGUACUGCAAUCAAGUAUUUUACCACCAAAACAAUGUUACUCAUAUCUGUUAUAGCAAUUUUCAUUGGUUUAGAAAUAACUUUCUUCUCAGGACUUUAUAGUACGUCAAUUGCCUUUACGAGGGCCUUUGGUGUCGAUCGGAAAAAAUACUCUGGCGAAUGUGGCCUUCUCAUUGGUAUUGGGGAAAUAUUGGCCGGUUUGAUCUCCAUGCUAUCAUCGAAAUGUAAAAAACCUGGAAUUGCGAUUCUCAUUAGUGCUUAUUUAAUUUAUCUGGGAACAUUUUCUUGUAUAUAUGUUAACUUGCCUGCUGCUUCAACACUUCUUGAAACUGCUGAACCAGCUAUUUUUGAAUCAAAUUUAUAUUUAGCUUUAUUAUGUGCCGUUCUUUUGGGUCUCUGUGAUGGCUUAUUUGGAACCCAGAUGAAUGAAUUCAUUUCAGUUGUUUACAAGGAAAAUAGUUCAGCUCCGUUUGCUAUUUUCUCGAGUCUCCAAUCUCUUUCCGGAGGUGCUCUAUUCUUCCUUUCUAAUUAUAUUGAUCUCCACUCUCACCUGAUCAUACUUGCCACUGGAGCUACCCUUGGGUCUAUCGCCUUUUGUUUAGCAAAUGCAGCCGAGAACAAGAAAAAGUUGGAAAAAACAAACAUGGAACAUCAUGGAAAUAUUGAACCAAAUAAUGUCCAAAAAGUUCUAGAGAUGCCUUCAAAUUGAUAAAUUAUAUAUAAAUAUAGCUUCAUCACCUUUCAAAAUAUAAGAUGCAGCUCAUUAUUAAAAUUAAAAGAUUGUUUAUUUGUUGUUAAAAUCUUUUAUAUUAAACAUGGAAUAUCAAGACUGAA